CUCUCACGUCCUAACCAUGUAGCCUAAGGCUGGUUACCUGGCCUCGGGUUCCUCCUCAAAGAACAAGACAGCGGUACCUAUCUCUGGAGCCACAAUGACAGACGGAACACAUUUCGUCACCCAGUGACUGGCMAAGUCCCAGAGGAGAACAAGAAGUUCGACUUGAAAACAUCGGCCUUGGACAUGUCCAAUAAAACAGGUGGGAAACGCCCUGCUACCACCAACAGUGACAUAUCCAACCACAACAUGGUGUCCGAGGUCCCUCCAGAGCGGCCCAACAUUCGGGCGACGCGUACAUCCCGCAAAGCCAUCGCCUUUGGCAAGCGUUCACACUCCAUGAAGCGGAACCCCACGGCGCCGGUCACCAAGGCAGGCUGGCUCUUCAAGCAGGCCAGCUCCGGGGUGAAGCAGUGGAACAAGCGCUGGUUUGUCCUGGUGGACCGUUGCCUCUUCUACUACAAAGAUGAAAAGGAGGAGAGCAUCCUGGGCAGCAUCCCCCUGUUGAGCUUCCGGGUUGCAGCAGUGCAGCCCUCGGAUAACAUCAGCCGGAAGCACACCUUUAAGGUGACUGUGUGCUGGGUGGAUGAGGCCGGGGCCAGUUCCACGCACUGCCUCUCCCCACAGGCCGAGCAUGCUGGCGUCCGCACCUACUUCUUCAGUGCUGAGAGCCCGGAGGAGCAGGAGGCCUGGAUCCAGGCCAUGGGGGAGGCUGCCCGGGUACAGAUCCCUCCAGCCCAGAAGUCGGCGCCCCAACCUGUACGCCACAGCCACGAGAAGCCAGACUCAGAGAACAUCCCUCCCAGCAAACACCACCAGCAGCCAGCCCACAACAGCCUGCCCAGGCCUGAGCCUGAGGCCAAGACUCGAGGGGAGGGCGACGGCCGAGGCUGUGAGAAGCCAGAGCAGAGGCCCGAGAGGCCCGAAGUCAAGAAAGAGUCUCUGGUGAAAGCCAAUGGCCUCCCAGCUGGAUCUGAGCCGGCCUCAGAGCCCGGCAGCCCUUACCCCGAGGGCCCGAGGGUGCCAGGGGGUGGGGAGCAGCCUGCCCAGCCCAAUGGCUGGCAGUACAGCUCCCCCAGCCGGCCAGGGAGCACCGCUUUCCCACCUCAGGACGGGGAGARUGGGGGGCACCGGCGGAGCUUUCCUCCACGCACCCACCCUGACAAAAUCGCCCAGCGCAAGAGCUCCAUGAAUCAGCUUCAGCAGUGGGUGAACCUGCGCCGGGGUGUGCAGCCCCCCGAAGACCUCCGGAGUCCCUCUAGGUUCUACCCUGUGUCUCGCCGAGUCCCUGAGUAUUAUGGCCCCUACUCGUCCCAGUACCCAGAUGAUUACCAGUACUACCCGCCCGGGGUGCGGCCAGACAGCAUCUGCUCCAUGCCCGCCUACGAUCGGAUCAGCCCACCCUGGGCCCUGGAGGACAAGCGCCAUUCCUUCCGCAAUGGGGGUGGACCACCCGCCUACCAGCUGCGCGAGUGGAAGGAGCCGGCUGGCUAUGGCAGACAGGAUGGCACCGUCUGGGUCCCCAGCCCUUCUCGACAGCCAGUCUAUUAUGACGAGCUGGAUGCCACCUCCGGCUCCCUGCGCCGACUGUCCUUGCAACCCCGUUCCCACUCCGUGCCCCGCUCGCCCAGCCAGGGCUCCUACAGCCGCGCCCGCAUUUAUUCCCCUGUCCGCUCGCCCAGUGCCCGCUUUGAGCGGCUGCCACCUCGCAGCGAGGACAUCUAUGCCGACCCUGCCGCCUAUGUGAUGAGACGAUCCAUCAGCUCCCCCAAGUAUGAUUACCUGGGAGACAGGCGGCCAGUCCCUGCAGGACUGUUCCCCUACAACUACCCACCAUCCCCCACGGUCCACGAUAAGAUGGAUGAACUUUUAGACCUUCAGUUGCAAAGAAACCUAGAGUAUUUGGACCAGCAGGUCCCUCCAUACCCAGAAGUGUUCCGGGACGGCCUCCACACCUUCAAGUUAAACGAGCAAGACACGGAUAAGCUGCUGGGCAAGUUGUGUGAGCAGAACAAGGUGGUGAGGGAGCAGGACCGGCUGGUGCAGCAGCUCCGAGCGGAAAAGGAGAGCCUGGAAAGUGCCUUGAUGGGGACCCACCAGGAGCUGGAGAUGUUUGGGAGCCAGCCCGCCUAUCCCGAGAAGCUACUGCACAAGAAGGAAUCGCUGCAGAACCAGCUGAUCAACAUCCGGGUGGAUCUGUCUCAGGCGACCACGGCGCUGGCCAACAGCACCGUGGAGUACGAGAACCUCGAGUCCGAGGUCUCCGCCCUGCACGAUGACCUCUGGGAGCAGCUCAACCUGGACAUCCAGAAUGAGGUGCUCAACCGGCAAAUCCAGAAGGAGAUCUGGAGGAUCCAGGAUGUGAUGGAGGGGCUGCGGAAGAAUAACCCUUCCCGGGGCACGGAUACCGCCAAACACAGAGGAGGACUCGGCCCUUCAGCCACCUACAGCUCCAACAGCCCAGCCAGCCCUCUCAGUUCCGCCAGCCUCACCAGCCCCCUGAGCCCCUUUUCACUGGUGUCUGGCUCUCAGGGGUCCCCCACCAAGCCGGGGUCCAAUGAGGAACCUGGCCCACCUCGGCCUCCCCUCCCCAAAGCCUACGUUCCCCUGGAGUCUCCUCCCACCGUCCCUCCACUCCCUAGCGAGAGCCGCUUCUGGCCAUACCCCAACUCCCCUUCCUGGCACCGMAGUGGCGAGACAGCCAGGGGUCAGCCCAAGGCAGGCUAUGAGCAGAGCAAGAAAGACCCUCACCAAACGUCACCCCUGGACACCCCCAGAGAUCUCAGCCUUGUGCCCACCAGACAAGAGGUGGAGGCAGAGAAGCAGGCAGCUCUCAACAAAGUUGGCAUUGUACCCCCUCGGACAAAGUCACCUGCAGAUGAAGAGGCGGCCCCAUCAGCGGUGGUGAGGAGAACAGCCAAUGGACUCGCCAAUGGACUGUCCUCCAGGCAGGAGCGCCCCAAGAGUGCCGUGUUCCCAGGUGAGGGCAAGGUCAAGAUGAGCGUGGAGGAGCAGAUCGACCGCAUGCGGAGACACCAGAGUGGCUCCAUGAAGGAGAAGCGGAGAAGCCUGCAGCUCCCAGCCAGCCCUGCCCCUGAGCCCAGCACCCGACCUGCCUACAAAGUGGUGCGCCGUCACCGCAGCAUCCACGAGGUGGACAUCUCCAACCUGGAGGCAGCCCUGCGGGCAGAGGAGCCUGGUGGCCAGGCCUAUGAGACGCCCCGGGAGGAAAUUGCCCGGCUUCGGAAAAUGGAGCUGGAGCCCCAGCACUACGAUGUGGACAUCAAUAAGGAGCUCUCCACCCCAGACAAAGUCCUCAUCCCCGAACGGUACAUUGACCUGGAACCCGACACUCCCCUGAGCCCCGAGGAGUUGAAGGAGAAGCAGAAGAAGGUGGAAAGGAUCAAGACGCUCAUUGCCAAAUCCAGUAUGCAGAACGUGGUGCCCGUCGGCGAGGGGGACUCUGUGGACGUGCCCCAGGACUCAGAGAGCCAGCUGCAGGAGCAGGAGAAGCGGAUUGAAAUCUCCUGCGCCCUGGCGACCGAGGCCUCCCGCAGGGGCCGCAUGCUGUCUGUGCAAUGUGCCACCCCAAGCCCUCCCACCUCCCCUGCCUCCCCGACUCCACCAGCCAACCCCCUGUCGUCUGAAUGCCCGCGGGGCGCCGACAGCAGCCUUACCAUGCGGGUCUGAGYUCUGACUGCAAGCCCUGGCCGAGGCCAAUGCUGUGAAGCUCCACAGGGCCACCUUCUGAAGCGUCCUCUGCCCAUGGAGGCCCUGGCUCCCCACUCUGGUCCCCGGACCCCCAUGGGAAUGCCACCGGGAGCCAGAACGGGGUCAGGGCUGCUGCCACGAGGAGMGCGGAUGCCUGGGUCUCGCACCUGCGGCGCCUCGCCCUGAGACCCUAGCCACUCGUGCCGAGGUCACGCGGGGCCUGGACAGCGCUGUGGAAGUGCAUCCUCUCUGACGCCCAAAUGGCAGGGAGCCCCAGCCUGGCCCUGGCUGACAUCAUGGUGGCCCUCCUGGCACAUUCCCUGAUGGAGAGUGCACUCCGGUGGAGYGUGGACCCUUAGCCAUCUUAGGUGAAGACCAGAGGUGAAGAGGAGGUGGACCCUCUGCCUCUUGGAGCCCCGCUGAGCACCCAGGACGGCAGCUGCCAUCAUCCCCCUCCCCGCCUGCCCCAGCUGGGCACAAGGCUUUGACACAUCUCCGCUGAUGGGACUUCCUGGGGUUUGGUGGAGACCAGUCACCCUGUUUGAGCCAAAGACAAGAGGAGGAGAGAUGGGGAGAGGCCCCUGGGCUCCCAGAGGGGACAGUGCUGGCUGUGAGAGAGAACGGCAGGUGUGCGCAUGUCUGAGAGCAGGUUGGGAAGGAGGGCAGCGAGGAAGGGAGAGAUCCUCAGAGGACGGGGAAGGGGAGGAGGAGGUAUUCACAGGGGGACAGAGGAAAAUGGGAAGGUGAGUCAGGAUUGGCUUCUCCACAGCRGAGGCUCCUCUUAGUGCCGAGUGUAGGGCCAGACGGUCAUCUCUGCACCUCCACCUCCUCCCCAGGAGGACCCACCAACAGGACACGUCUGGUGCCUCAGCUGGGGUGCUUGUGUGGGAUCAGGGCUGGUGGGGAAGGGGAGUCRGGGAGUGGCAGCCUGAGAGAUGACGCUUCCCGGGUCAGGAUCUGCUGUCUGCCUCUCCCUCCUGGGAUUGGGCAGAGGGAAGAACCUGUGUGUGUCGGGUGUGGUCAGCCUUGGGGUCUUAGCUAGCUAGUUUCUUGUCCCAUCCCGCCUAGAAAGUUCUAUGGCCCMGCUGAGUGUUUUCCCCAGGGAGAAGGAAUGAGGGGACCCUACUUCUCGUCCCAGGUGUCCCAGAGGAGGGUCAGCGGAGGCUGGACUCUUACAAUCCACCUACCAGUGAGGCGGUUGGGGAUUGGCAGAAGCAAAGCAUUCUUCUUCUGCUCCACCCACCUUGAGAUGAAUGUAGCCAGGGAGGAGGGAGAGAGGGCAAGCGGAAGUCACCUGCCCUUGAGCCUUCUCUGCCAGAGCUGCUGCCCAGAGACUUCAGCCUGACCUGCAGCAGCCCCACGAACGACUCCUUCAUCUCCACCAAUUCCUCUCCACUCCUUCAUGGCUGGGACAGUUACUGGUUCAUAUGCAAGUAAAGAUGACCAUUCAUUCAACAAAUAUUGAUCGAGYACCUUUUAUGUACUGUUUAGGCACUGUUCUAGGUGCUUAGAAAAUUCUUGGGCUUCUGAGGGUCGACAGAUUGGGAGGAUCCUCCCCCAGCUUUACUUCUAGCAGGCUUUUUGAAUAGGCUCCUUGGCUACGUUCCUAUCUUUGCAGAUCAAGCACUCCAGAUCUGUCCUUUCUCUCUUACAGUCUGGCAGGUGGGAUUAGCUUCCAGAUCACCCUCUUGGCCCACAUUCUCCUCCUUCUGUAAGAAACAGAUUUUUCAGGCCUUCCCUCCAUGCCUUCCCCUCUGUCUCCUAUAUUUUUUUUAAAGAAAUACAAGGAAGAUACCAAGAAAUGACAUCGCAACUCUGCCACCUCUUUUCCCAUUAUUUCACAAAGCUGGCUCUUUAUGUUGCUUUACAUGCCUUAAUAUAUGUUUGAUGGAGAUGAUACAUGUUGGAGGUAUCUAUGUGACAUGUUUGUUUAGAUGUCAGUCCUUUCCUUGGCUCCUGCCUAGGCCCAUUUUCUCUCCGCACCAUUUCCUAGCAUGUCAGGGCUAACCCCCCUUGCCUUUUUGAUCCAAAGAAGGGGAGAGAAAAGAYUUAUUUUAAGACAGAUCUAUUUUAUGCUUUUGUUUAAAAAGCCAAUCUAUUUUCAAAAUGUGCAAUGUCUGAAUGGGUUUGCCGGUGAUGUGAGGGGACUGCCCUAGGUCCCAAUCGAAUGCCCUUCCCUCUUCCCCUGACGGCUCCCUUCUUUCCCAUCCCCCAGUCGGCAAAGGGCUGGCCCCCACAGCUCCCUGGAGAGCACCUUGCCAGAGCAGGGCAUUCCCUUUGGAUGUCCUGUCUCAAGGAUGACACUGUCAACUCUCCAUGGCGCACCAAGGGUCGUCGGGUGUGUGAAUCCUCUUGAAGGAAAUGUUUACAGUUGUAUGCACAAAUGGACUCCCACGCAGGCGCACCCUCCUCRGCUGGGCUCCUGGACCAUCUCCCUCCCCUCCAUGCUCUGCUGGAAAGGGCAAGCAGUUUUGUGGYAGCCUGUGCUAAAUGGCACUAAAGAGGUCAUCGGUGGACCCAUGCUAUGUGCAAAGCCCAGAGGAGGUGGCUCUUUAUUGCAGACACAUUCAAGUUCCUUGAACCUCCUACACUUUGGUCCCUCCCUGUCCUGGGUCACGUCUGUGGCAUCUGUCUCCCUCUGUGAUCUUUCUCCCUGGAGGCUGUUCUUAGGGGUGACACCUCGGUCUGGCAUCCAGGCUGUGAAAUCACYUUCCUUGCUGGGGAGGGUCCAGCGGACCAUGGGACAUCUCAGCCUUACCCAAGAAACCCCCUGGGCUCUAGCAGGCUGCUGCUGAGACCCUGAACUCUGCCAGCUCAGCCUUCCAAACUGCUUGGUGACUGUCAAAAUGAGCAAGGAGGCUUUUGCCUUGGAAGGAUUUGGGCAGGAUGGGAGUUUUUGUCCAGAUCUAAAAAACGAGAGUUUUGGAAUUUUGCACAGAGCUCUUGGCCAGCAUUGAAGCCCAACCUCCAACUGUGGCACUUGCUGGCACUCUGUGCCCAGCUCAGAGCAUCUUGCUAUGAACAAACAGAGCCCAGAUGGAGACCCAGGGCUAAGUGACCAUCCUGGAGAAGCUCUGGUUACGCAUCUAGGGCCUUCCCAAUUAGCACAUUACCUCCCUGAUCAAUAACCAAGAGGCUGCACUCGAAUACUGCUACUGUCACUUUAAAGAAUUUUCUGAGGUUGCAAAGCUGUGCACGAGCUCUUCUGCCUUUGCAAGAGGCAURUUCUUGGGGCAGGGCUGACUACAGCAAGAUGGAACGACUUCCUUACCCCUUAGGCACCCUCCACCUGGCAGCUCUUAAAACUAAGGAAAAAUAUAAUAUAUAAAUAUAUAUACAUACACAUAUCUAUUUAUGCACAUAUUGGGGCCAAUUUGAUUUGCCUAGUAUUAGACAAUAAACCAUGCAAGGAAAUUUAUGAUCUCAGUGUCUUUAUUUAGUAUUAAAGUGACCUUAGAUGAAGAGUUAAGGUUAGAUAAACAGAGGGCAUMUCUGUCGGGACCAAACAGCUGUAGUACCCCCUUAGCGUCUGGCUAGCUGAAAUAGCAUCUGUCUAUUUCGCCCUGACUGACUGAAAUAGGUGAGAGCUUGUUCCCUCUUUUCAGCAGAAUUCUUAAUAGAUUUAGGCACUGGAGAAUACCUGUGAGUUUUGC